AUGGUGAAGUUGCUGCCUGCCCAGGAGGCAGCCAAGAUCUACCAUACCAACUAUGUGCGCAACUCAAGGGCUGUGGGUGUGAUGUGGGGCACACUCACCAUCUGCUUCUCGGUACUGGUCAUGGCCCUCUUCAUCCAGCCCUACUGGAUCGGUGACAGUGUUAACACACCCCAGGCAGGCUACUUUGGCCUUUUCUCCUACUGUGUGGGCAACGUGCUGUCCUCUGAACUCAUCUGCAAGGGUGGCCCGCUGGACUUCUCCUCCAUUCCCUCUAGAGCCUUCAAGACUGCCAUGUUUUUUGUGGCCUUGGCCAUGUUCCUCAUCAUUGGCUCCAUCAUCUGCUUUAGCCUCUUCUUCGUCUGCAACACGGCCACUGUCUACAAGAUCUGCGCAUGGAUGCAGCUGGCUGCAGCCACAGGCCUGAUGAUUGGCUGCCUGGUCUACCCAGAUGGUUGGGACUCAAGUGAGGUGCGUCGCAUGUGUGGGGAGCAGACGGGCAAGUACACACUGGGUCAGUGCACCAUCCGCUGGGCCUUCAUGCUGGCCAUCCUCAGCAUCGGAGAUGCCCUCAUCCUCUCCUUCCUGGCUUUUGUGCUGGGCUACCGGCAGGACAAGCUCCUUCCUGAUGACUACAAGGCAGAUGGAAAAGGGUACUUUCUGCUCCUGUCUCUCAUUAAGCUCUUCCCCUGUGUUAAAGGGGCUUUCUUGAGGUAUAAAUUUUAUCUCCUAGUCAUAGGGCAAGUCCUGUCUCACACCAUUGUGAAUCCCAAAAUGCCUAUCCAGCAGGUGGCCACUAGGAAGUCUGAAGCAGCUGAAGUUCGAUGUGAUGUUCUGAAGCCUUUCACCACAGGAUUAGAACCUGACAUUGAAACAAGGCCUCCUACUGUUUACAGAAGACUUUCCGGGGAAGCAGAACCGCAGUGA